AUGGGAGGAAGUUUUGUGAUUAUUAAUACUUAUGCUAUUGGAAGAGAUCCUGACGCGUGGGAAAACACAGAUGAGUUCUUGCCAGAGAGGUACUUGGACAUUCAGAAUCCAGAGGUGAUCGCGUUUGAAUUCGAGCGUAGAGAGUGUCCAGGAAUUGUAAUGGUGAUAGCCGAGCUGGAACUUGCAUUGGCAAAUCUUGUAUACAGAUUUAAUUGGGAAUUGCCGGGUGGAAUGAAGGAAGAGGGUCUUGAUUUCGAGUGUGAGCCUGGACAUUUUAUGCAUAAGAAGAAUCCUUUCUUACUUGUUCCCAAGAUUGCCAUAUAA